GCUACACGUCUCAGCAGGCGGGGUUUACGUUAAGGAACUGUGUUUAGCACACAUCAGAUAAAACAAGUUGCAAAUGAACUGUCAGAGCGGUUAUAUUUGUGACGCUUGAUCGAGGCGAAAACAGCAACAUCGAGUUUAUAUACACAACUCUCAGGGGAUCUUUUAGGAUGUGGGGACCAUCACACUUCUGCUUGAUAUUCUUUCUCUGGGCUUGUUUGGAUGCACUGCCAGUUGCUGUGGAUAAGACCAAAGUGAGCCCUCCAGUAGAGGAACUGGAGUCACCUAAAAGUGUAGACACUGGAUUGCACUAUGAUCGAUAUCUCAGAGAGGUUAUUGAUUUCCUGGAAAAGGACCCACAUUUCAGAGAGAAACUUCAUAACACAGACAUGGAAGACAUCAAGCAAGGGAACUUGGCUAAAGAGUUGGACUUUGUCAGCCAUCAUGUGCGAACUAAACUUGAUGAGCUAAAGAGGCAAGAAGUAAACAGACUGCGCACCCUAAUCAAAGUCAAACAAGACAUAAAUGGAGAAAAAGGUAUGACAGUGGACCACCAGGCACUUUUGAAACAGUUUGAACAUCUGAAUCACAUGAAUCCGCAUACAUUCGAAGUGGAAGAUUUGGAUCGCCUCAUUAAAUCGGCCACUAAUGAUCUGGAAAACUUCGACAAGGAACGACAUGAAGAUUUCAAGAGGUACGAGAUGGCGAAGGAACACGAGCGGAAGGAACAUCUUAAAACACUGGAUGAGGAAGCACGCAAAAAAGAGGAGGAACACUAUGAAGAGAUGAAGAAGAAACAUGCAGACCAUCCCAAAAUCAAUCACCCUGGCAGUCAAGACCAAUUGAAAGAGGUCUGGGAGGAAGCUGAUGGUUUGGAUCCCAACGAUUUUGACCCAAAGACAUUCUUCAACCUACAUGACACUAAUGGAGAUGGCUACUUUGAUGAGCAAGAGCUCGAGGCACUGUUUACCAAAGAGCUAGAGAAAGUCUAUGAUCCCACACAUGAAGAGGAUGACAUGUUGGAAAUGGAGGAGGAGAGACUUCGCAUGAGAGAACAUGUGAUGAAUGAGGUCGACACUAACAGAGACAGGCUUGUUUCACUAGAUGAAUUCAUUACGGCCACAAAUAGAAAAGAAUUUCUAGAGCCAGAUGGAUGGGAGACUCUGGAACAGAAUCCAGUCUACACUGAUGAAGAGUUGAGAGAGUUUGAGGAGCAUCUAGCUCGAGAAGAGCAAGACCUGAACCUGAGGACAAAUGACCUGAUGAAACAGCGGGAGGAGCUGGAUAGACAACAGGAACAACUUAAUGCCCAGAAAAUGGAGCUACAGCGGGCAGUAGAGCACAUGGAGCACUUGAAAACACAGAAAACAGAGCCUCCAGUGCAGGCCAAAGUACCUUCUGCUGUGGAAAUACUACCUGGGGACAGUCAGCCUAUGUCACAAGGUCACCAGCAAGACCUCCCCUCACAUUCUUAGCAGCUAAAGCUCUUCUCGGUGUCUGUAAUGUGUUUGUCUGUUGUAUGUAGUGUCAAAUAUUUCCAUCCUCACAUACAAAAGGACCAUUAACUGUCUCUUAGCAAAGACCUUGGCAUUCCUUUAAAUAAUUAAACAAAUCACUGUGGUGGUAUUAUCAAACAUAAAACAAUAUUGAGUUAUGAUAUCCUAAAACAGGCUGCUGAUGUAAUUAGUUAACAGAAUGAUCUGUGGACAUCACACUUCUCUUAUCAAAAGUGCAGAUAGUGAGGAAAGGUACUGUACUUGAAACUUGUGUUUAGAGAAAUUAACUGUACAUUUAUUGUU